GGGCGAGGAGUUCAACAGGGAGCGGAAUUUGAUAUCGUCAGCGGCAACGCUCUUCUGGCGGAGGAUGAAGCAGCAAUGAGUAUCGGCCAGCUUGUGCCUUGGAGGAGCUCUGCGGCUUACAACAAGAACGUCACAGACAGAGAGAUACUGGCAGGGAAGAAUCAUUUCCGUUCCUUCAACUUAUGCCAGUCUAUCUAAUCCUCUUGCAUUGCCUCAAAAGUGCGGGUGAUUCACUCUCUAUCUACGUAUCUGAGAUUGAGUGAUGCUUAAAUGCCCCUCUUCAAGAACUUCCUCCAACUUGCAACAAUCAAUAUAAUCUCCGUAUUUUCCCCCUUCGGCUACCAUCAAUACAUAUUGUGGAGAAGAGAAAUAUUCACUCAAGAACUACCUGGCUUGAUACAAGCAGAAGAUUCGUACAUUCUAGCACCCAACUACCUGCUUUGCCUCCAUUCAACCCGAUGCGUAUCAACCUCUACACAACUGCUUCAGAUCACCUAGUUACAGUAUAUCUUCAGCAAAGAGACUGGUCUGGGAGAUCUUAGAGUAAGCCAAGCAACAACUCGUCUUACUUGCUACACUCAGCUUGACUCAAUCUAAAGCAUCGGCAUUGACUCUUCUCAUAUACCCUUGGUACCACUCUCGAUCAUCCACGAACCUUCAAUUUCGGCGCCAUAAUUGCAUCGCAUACGCAAUCACUCUAGAAUCCAAAGCCCUCAGCUUUGAGGCCAACCCGCAAUAUGGCUUCACCACAAGGCACUCACCCUAACACUUCACACCACAAUCCAGGUGCCAAAGUCAUAUAUGGCUCCAUCCAUCCCAAGAUAUCCUCCUACACUCCCAACACACCACCAAAGUCUCCUAUGGCCGGCAACCAACACCAAUCAUCCAGAGCACCAUGUUCACCACAUUCAUACUCUCAACAUGACCAAGCCUCAUCAGCCAUCAAAGAGCUGCAAGAAGAGAUUAGCAAGCUGCAACUCGUCGAUGCUUCUCGCGCGGAGGCCAUCACUGAGCAGAAGAUUGAGAUCGCAGUACUGAAGAACGAGCUUGAGCAUGCUCGACGAGACAAGGAGGCUGUGAUCAGCAGUUUCGGCAUCGUCAUUGAGUCCAUCACCCGUGGUGCUUGUGUCACUCCUUCACCGCAGGUUUUGGCUGGGGCUUCUACUGUUCAUUUCUCUGGGAGUGAGAGUAGAAUUCAAGCUUUGGAGCAGGAGAUCGAGAGAUAUCGGAAGUCUGAUCGGUUGUUGAGAUCAAGAAUCCAGGAUUUGGACCGUGGAGUUGAAGGUCGUGGUCGUGUGAGCGAUAUCAGUGGCACACACAGAGACACUGAUGGUUUGUGCAAAGAAAUCGGUUGGAUGGAGAAUAAUGUCGGUAGUCAGGUUCAGGCUCCGGACAGAGGAAAGGCCGAAUUGAUGAAGCGUGAACUCGGCUGCUGCUCAGGCUCGGCUAAUCCGCCACAAAGUCAACAAGAGGGUUGGCGCACUAACGAGCCCGAACUUUCCACCUCACAGGUUAUCGGAGGGUGGGGUGAUAACCUGGACGACGAUGCACGAACCAUUCGGAACGACUGGCCUAGUGCUGAGUCAAUUGUUCAUCCUGCGCAUAUUGACGUUGGUAUGUGCAGUCUUGAGGAUUUGCUCGACAAUGACGGCAUGCUUGCCCCUAUCUCUGCACAACCGUCUUCAAUCCCUUCAGCCAUGGUCCUGGAAUUCCCUCCAAGCAUCACAGCACAUUCUUCUUCUCUUUCAGCUGGAAAUCCUAUGAUUCUGGAGGAUGAGAGACAUAUCGAUGAGCAAAUUGAGGAGAACAAGAAAGCCAUGGCAGCAUUGGCAAAUAUACCAACACCCGGCGUCAUCAAAACUGGCUUCACUCUCGAGGGCAGUUUCCGUGGUGCUGACUACAAUAAAAUGAAACCCUCUUACCCACUUCGAGAUUUCGACCGCUUCUCACCAAAUUUCAGAAACAUCAACCGCGAGGGUCGAACGGGACCCGGAACAGCCUUCGAAGCACCAGAAGACCGCUCCCUCAACCAAGGCCUCUGGACCGACUCACAAGACCGAAACGGUGCUGUAGAAGCGCACAUGCGCGCCGCCACCGGCCGCAACGAUACUCGAUUCCCAGACAUUUUUCGCUACGGCAUCCAGUAUAUCCCUGCCGAGGGCGAUUCCAACUUCCUCCGCACAGUGAAGCUCAGCAAUCUUCCUCUCGACAUGGAAGUCCGUGACGUACUUGCGCGGGUAAGAGGAGGCGAUGUGCUUAGUGCGACGAUCGUGAAGAUGGGCAAGAUUGCGCCUGGUACAAUGCAUGCACGCGUCGUGUUCAAGCAUGAGGCUGCGGCGGAAGAAUAUGUUCUGUAUGCGGCUGAACAUCCGAUUUCGUUUGGGGAGGAUAACGUCGCGGAAGUCACAUUGGUUGAGACACCUACAUAUCCACUUCAUGCUAAGCAGAUCUCUCGACUUCGAGAACAGACUCGAUGUAUCGCUGUGCUGGAUAUCCCAUCCUACUUUUCCAUCAAUCAACUGGAACAUGACCUCGCUUGUGGGAAUGGUCAUCGUGCGAAGAGUCUUAUCGAGAUGUGGAUCGAUGAGGACUACACGCUGCAUUUGGAGUUUGCGAAUGUCGAUAUGGCGGGUAGUGCGUGGGCUAUUCUGCAUGCCUGGAAUGCGUAUCGCGGGCUGGAGUGUAGAUGGGAGGCUGACCCUUGUGCAGGUGAGGUUGAGGAAUUGGCGAAUGGGGUGAAGCCGAGACCAAAAGUUUUCCCGGAGGAUUGGGGAAUCGCUAGGGAGAAGGAUAGAGGUGUUAAUGAUAAUACUGUUGAGGCUAGUAAGCGUCUUGCUGCCCUUGGGAACCAGAUAGUCAGCAUUCCUGAUUUCAACGCGACGAAGCUGAAAGCUGCCAGUUGGGCUGACGAAGUUAAUGAUGGGUUGGAUGAUGAGGAUGAUGAGGAUGAUGAGGAUGAUGCGAAGGUCAAGAUAUUUGGAAAAUUAGUCAGUGGUGGAUCUGGUACUGGGAGCUCAGAGAGUGACAUUGGCGAAGGACACAAAUCUGCUUCUAGCUCAUUGACUCCUGCCGAUGAGUCCUCAGAAGCUCCCGAUGCCAAAUCUCAGAACACUUCAUCCGAUACUGAAGGCAACCCAAGUUUCGAUCAUCGACAAAAAUUGGACGAUCCAUCGCCUCCAAUCUCAUCACUCCCACCAUCGACCUCUGCCCAAAUUAUGAGUCCAUCAAUCACCGUUCUCACAGUGAACCAAGAACUCGAAGCUGCUCUUCUAGCCUCCAACACCAACAAAGACCUCGCCAAUUCCACUCCUUCAGCAGCAAUCUCAACGACCAUAUCGCCAAAGUUCGAGACACGCAAAUCUCUCAUCGGCCUCGCAGGCUCCAAAUACGCAAGCGACAUUCCCGGCUUCGUCGAUACCGGAAUGCGUCCCCGCUCCAUCCACAUCAACACCUCCUCCAGAAUCUCGCCUAAGACUUCCCCAACAAGAAAUUACUUCAAGGCCACAUCGACAAGCGAUCACGAGGACAUUCUCCUCCCAGGGAAUAAUCUCCAAGCUAGAGGACCCAAGCUGCAGUUCUCGGCUAGCCCUCCACGCGUUGACUUGCAAUGUUUGAUCAAGAGCGAGCGAUCUAGUUUUGCAAGUGCGGGAGCUAGUGAACCUGCUGCUGAGUCCGAGGCUGAGACUUAUGAAAUUGAUGGAGAUCUCUCGGGUGUGGAUUCAAUCACUAAGCCGAGAGUACAACUUUUCAAAUGGUUUCAGCUUCCCGGCGGUAAGAAGCGUGGAUAUAGAGGUAGAGAGCAGGAGGUUGAGUCUAAGAAUUUGGAGGCCUCUGCUGAGGAGGUGAGAACUGCUUCGACAAAGGUGCAGGGCGAUAGCCUGAAGGUUGUCAAUCCAGAUGAGAUUGAUUUGAGCGGUGAUGAUGACGAAGUCAUGGUCGAUGCUGAGAAGAACGAUUCGUCCACGGGUUCUGAGGCCGCAUCUUCGACUUCUGAUUCUACGGACGAUGCCAUGCAAGCUAUCCCACAAGGUGCUCUCCAAACUAGCACUCACAGUGGCGACCAACCUCUCGAGAAGAAUAUCGAGUGCGCUAACAAACUCACUGGCUAUUCUGCUAAGGAUAGUGAGGUAUGUUGUUAA